CAUAUGGUUAGUGGGAGCAAGAAUGGGUAUUGACUAGGGGUGGACAAUGGGUUGGUCCAUACCGGACCACAUCGGACCGAAUCAAUGUUUGGAUCGGAUCACACCAAAUUGAAUAUAAUAUGGUUCGAUCCUUAUUUCUAUGAAUUUCAUAAGUAUUGAAGAAAAAUGGACCGAAUUUACAUUUGGACCGGACCUAAUGCACUUUUGGUCCGGUUCUUGAUCGUUAAAUAUCUUUCACCAUUAAACCGUGGUUCUCCUUAGUUUGGUCCGAUCCGGACCGGACCGGACCAAUGGCCACCCUUAGUAUUGCCUAUUCAGAUACCCAACCUGCCAUCGCUAGAGUUGACUGCCAAUGAGCGGCGCAGGCGUGAUUCCAGACGGAGUCUGGUCGCCGGAGGAGGUAAAAUGUACAUGAGGGCAAAUUAUGAGCGUGUGCUGGGUAGCGCUAACUCGGAGUCCUUUGAUUUGAUUAACCCGGACGAGUGGGAGGGUCAAGAACUCGGCGUGUUCUCGAUCAGGAGCUGCUGACAAAUGAAGCCAGCGGCCAUUUCAUAAGUUAUCACUACUGCUACUGCUACUGCUACUUCUACUUCUACUUCAGGGAGCGAAGAGAAAACUGGGUUCGUUUUCUUGGUGUUCGGAUUGGGUAGAAGGAGGAUUCUUUUUGGAGAAGUAUUGGAGGGGGAUUGAGAGAAAAAAAGCUACGAUCUUGGUAAAACGAGCUUCCUUUAAUCUUUAUUCUUUAUGUCCCCUUUUCCAUUUUGCUGGCUGGCUGGCUGGCUGGAAUUUCUUACGUCCUGCCUUCCUUCUGAAUUUUGAUUUGAAGAGCUUGCUAGUUUAACCAGAUUGUGCAAGGAAAGUCCGUUGUGUUUUCGUUGCUGUUCGGUCAAAAAAGGGCUAGCAGAAUCAGGAAGAUUCUUUUGUAUGGCUUAUUCAAUGAGUGGCACCAGUUUGAGAAGAUUGCGUGUCUACAUAAUGGGGGGAUAUCCUGGCCAUACGAAAUUUGCCAGGAAACAAACAGAAGCGCAGAACCUCCAAGAGGGGAGAAAUAUUAUCUGGAGGUCUUGUCAAUUGGUCAUGGACAUGGUGAUGGGACCCAUUUUACUGCCAGGUAGCGGCAGUGAGAACAAAAGGAUUCAACACAUCUUCUCAAUGUGACAAAACUGCAAUAAUAUGUGGUCUGAAAUCUUUUCUGGGUCAUGGAAUGGAAUCCAGACAAUUUCAAGGGUUCCUUCAAACACCAGAUAUUUCCUUUUGUUUACUACAGCUGUGUUGAUUUGAGCAGCCAGCUUCUGCAUUUGCAAACAAAAAGUGCAGGCAGGAGGAGUCUUGGUAGCCAGCCUAGAAACUAGCAGAGGUGAUAAGAAUGUUGGAAGGGAGGGGUGUGGUGAGGGAGACAGACAUGCCAGAGGAGAUGCAAGGGCGUGUGCUGGAACUGGCAUACCAGGCUCUUGAUCUUCAUGAGGUUUCUGAUUGCCAAUCCAUUGCUCAUUAUAUCAAACAGAAAUUUGAUGAAGACUAUGGAGCAGCAUGGCACUGCGUGGUUGGCAAAGAGUUUGGUUCCUGCAUCACUCACCUCCGUGGAACUUUCAUCUUCUUUGGGGUGGAGAUGAUGGAGUUUCUCAUCUUCAAGGAUGGCAACGACUUCAGCCUCACCAAGGAAGAAGCUGUUGGAGUUCUGCAACUCCAAGACUCCACCAAAAAGAUCAUAACCUGAAAAUAGAUUUGCAUACUUAUCUCAUUUUGUAUGCAAAUAAAUUCUGGCUCGUCAUUCCUUUCCAGAAUAUUAUGUUUCUUCUCGUGAACAAUUCAGAAUGGAAUAUAUCAAACACGUAGAAUACUUGCUUUGGUUACAUUUACAGAAGUUCAAAUGAUCAGUUAGAAUGGAUCAAGUAAAGACAAGUCAGCCGUAUUAGGAUCUCUGUAAGAAUCAUAGUUUCAACUCGCCCUGGUAUGAGAAGAAACCAAGAGGGUACAGACAAGGAUGUAACCUGUGAUUUGCACCAGUUCCAGACACCAGAGUUUCAUUCAUGCACAAAAUAUGCAAUACCUGAAAUGGGAUAUUUACCUGAAGAAUGAAGAGGUGUUUGAUUGUGAAUGAGUGAGGAGGAGGUAAUCUGCAACCCGAGGAUUAGAGCGAAAAAUGUGAUAUGGCAAUCUAAACCUCAGGAUGCAGAUUACCCAAUCCUGACCCAAAUAUAGGUAUGAGAUAACACAGACAUAUGUAGUAGCUGAAAGUUCUGGGGGACACCUUCAGAAGAAGCUCACACACUGGUACUGAUGAUGUGCAUUGAGGAUUUAGGGGGAAGGAAAUUUAUAGGGGAAACUCAGAAAGCAAAGCCAGAUAUUUACUCAAUGGAAAUGAAAAUGAGUUUCUAUAAUUGAGUUUGGAAAAGGAGGAGGGGGAGACAUAUAAGAUAAAGCAGAUGAUGAUAAGGUGCUGGAUGUUGGAACCCUCAAAUGAUUCUGAUGGGUUCCUCUCCGAGCCAAUCAUCAUGUUGAUACCUCAAACUUUCUUUGGACAAUGAUGGCUCUCAUUUGACUGCUUUUUCCCUGAACACAAGACUCCAUCGACACACAGACAGAUCUUUUCUCUGCUGCUUGUGAUUAAAACGAUUCCUUUCAAAUCAUUGCUCAGUUAGAAAGAAAAGGGGGUAAAAGCCAGAAAUGAUACACUACAACCCACAUCAUGAGUGCCAAGAACCAGUUGCUCCCACUAACUCGAGUUGUUGGGAGAGAUUCAAUUGUAAAUCAUAUACCGUUUACUGACAAAGAGGAUCCUGGCAGAGUGAAGUUGAAGCUUUUGAAGGAACAAACGGUAUAAACUGAAGAAUAUGAAUGUCCUCCAAGUUGUUUAUAUAUAUAUAGAAUGAUGUUCUUGGUCUGGAUUCUCAAGCGCCACAAGGUGGAACCGUGGAAGUGACUGAUGAUCAUCACCAUGGACAAUAAUGGCAUAUUCCAAUUUAUCAUCACCGAGGGGUUCUGAUAGGUUGAGCCUAGCUGUCCCUAGUUCCAUUUUUCGAACUAGGGACUUGUCUUUUUGGGUAAAAAAUGCAGCAGGCCAUUGCUGUUGCUGCAUGCAGUAGCAGGGUGCUCAUUCAAACUUAGAUACCCAAUUCGUGCCUUCCAGGUCCACCUUUCCACACAAAUUUGCCAAAACAUAAAUUUCCCAUAUAUAGUUCGCGAAUUUAUGGUACAUAAGUUGUUGUACAAAGAUACGAAGCUAAGGACUUUGAUUGUGAACAAUGUAAUAGUUAUAGGAAUGUAAUGUAAUAUUUUUAUAUACCGCUUAAUACUUUGACUAUUCUAUAUGUAAACAAAUCGUGCUUAAUUUCUUGAUGUAUCCUGAUACAAAUGCUUCACUAGUGACUGUCGGGGUAGGUUUGUUUGCAUGCGAAGUUUGAUUCUAUGCUUGGUUUUUUGCUUUCACAUAACCAAAAGUUUAAAAUAACGUGGGUGAUACAUAUUCAAAGUUUAAGUGUUGGAACCGAUUGAGUGCUAAGGAAGGGAGGGUUUGACGACCUUAAAGAGGCCCUUACUCGACUGAAUAAAGACAACAUGUAUACAACCCUCUUCGGAGUAGUUCAUAAAAGAUGACUACUUCUGACUCACCAAAACUACAACCCCAAUCAAAGACCAAGUGGAACUAAUGAUAAGGACGCGAUAUAAUACUAAUAAUAGUAAGUUUUAAUU